AUGUCUUGGGACAACAACUGGGGCGGCGGCGGCGGCGCUGCUGCUACCGAUUCCUGGGGUACCGGCAAUACCAACGGCGACGACUGGAAUGGCGGUUUCGGCGCUGCCGCAGGCGGCGACAGCUUUGGCGCAGAGAACGGUGGCAACGAGGGCGCCGGCAACACUGGCGGCGAUCGCGCUUGCUUCAAUUGUGGCGAGUCUGGUCACAACAAGGCUGAUUGCCCCAACCCGCGCGUCUUGUCUGGCGCCUGCCGUCGCUGCAACGAGGAGGGCCAUUGGAGCAAGGACUGCCCUAACGCACCGCCCAUGCUGUGCAAGGAGUGCCAGUCCCCCGACCAUGUCGUCAAGGAUUGCCCCGACCGCGUCUGCAAGAACUGCCGCGAGACUGGUCACACGAUCAGCCAGUGCAAGAAUUCUCGCAAGAUCGAUCGCGACCACCUUGCGGAUAUGCCCACCGAGGAAGCCUGGACGCUCAUCAAGCGUGCUGUCAAGGAGCGCGACAUUGACGAUGUCAAGGAGGCCAUUCAGGUCUACGUCAAGUCGGCUCCUGACACUACCUACGCUGAUCUAGAGCGCGCUUUUCGUGCCCAAGAUGUGCCGGUGUGGCUCAUCGCCAUUGAAAAGACCCUGGCUGCCACUUUCACCAACAUGGAUCUCCAGGGUUGCCUCGGCAAGAAGUACACGGUCACCUACCGUUUCCAGUGGAACCCCCCUCGUCCGCGUGAUCGGGAGCUGUGGCCGAAGGACGUCAACGAGAACAUCGAGCGCCUCAGCGAUGCCGGUGAAGUCGUCUAUGGCGGCCUUCCCAAGUGCAGCAACUGCGACGGGCUCGGUCAUAUUUCCAAGAGCUGCCCCCAGGACAAGGUCGAAAAGGCGAAUACCUUCGAAAUCCUGUGCUUUAACUGCAACGAGCCCGGCCAUCGUGUUCGCGACUCCGGCCAUUUCUCUCGCGAUUGCCCGCAGGGCGGUCCCAGCGGCUGCCGCAACUGUGGCCAGGAGGGCCAUAUGUCCCGUGAUUGCACCGAGCCGCGCAACAUGGCUCUGGUGCAGUGCCGCAACUGCGAUGAGUUUGGCCACAUGAAUAAAGAGUGCCCGAAGCCGCGCGAUAUGGCGCGUGUGAAGUGCGCCAACUGCCAGGAGAUGGGUCACUACAAGUCUCGAUGCCCCAACCCUCUGGUCCCCGAGGACGAUGGCGAGGGUGGCUACGGUGGCGGCGGUUAUGGCGGUGGUGGUGCCGAGAAUGGCGGCUGCUCUGGCCCUGCACCAGCUGAUACCGGCGUUGCUGAUGGCGGCGAUGGUGGCUGGGGCCCGGGCGCCGUUGUUGACAACAGCGGCUGGUAA